UUUAUUUAUAAGAAGUCCGUGAAAGAGAAGAAUCGAUCCCAUCACCUCGAACUUAUGGAUCAUCAUUUAUCUAAAAUGCGCCCAGUAUGUGGAGUGAGAAGCUUGUAAUGGACAGAUUCCACUGCGCCCAUUGCGUAAUACGCACUCAUCGGACCAUUUCUUCUUUGUGUAGUGAUGGCGUUCAAGUGACUUACGACGGUGUGUGUUUUCAUCAUUAUCGGUGGUCUGUCUUUUUUGGUUUCUCCCAUGUCAACGUCUUCCACGGUCCCAUCGGCGUCGACGAAAGAGAAGAAAAAUUCCGCCGGCAGAGAUUCAAGCGAUAAUAAGAGGAGGAAGAGAGUCCCUGAGGCGCCGGAAGAUCUGAGGGCAGAAGUGCCGGAAGAUUUGCGGGCAGAAGCGACGGAAGAUCUGCGGGCAGAAGCGCCUAAGAACCAACAACUGUUCAAGCGAUUGUUCUCAGAGGAAGACGAAAUCAAACUCCUGAACGCCUUCCUCGACAUCAACAAGACCGCCCAUGCCUCUCCUUCGCCUGCCAACACCGCUGCUCUGAUCUUCGACAAAGUCGGCGACUCUUUCAGAGGUCAAUUCACAAACAAGCAAUUGACCGAUAAGCUCAGUAAGCUGCGACGGAAGUAUGCCAAACAAAUCAACAACGAAAAGACUCUUAAAACCACCCACGAUUCAGAGAUCUACCUCCUAUCCCAAAAGAUAUGGGGCGACGGCGAGAACGACUAUGCAAAUCCCAGCGAUUCCGGCACUUCUCCUGCCAAAGAUCCCCUGACCGCCUUUGGCGUUAAGAAGAAAAACAAAGUGAAAACCGGAUCUCAAGCUCCGCCCCUCGAAAAUAGACAAGGGGAAACGCGAGUUCAUCAAGCCUCGGAUACUGAAUAUGGAAAAGAGAAAAUGGCGGUUCACGUGUCACCGGCUGAAAAUGGAGGAGCAACUGUUACUGUCGCGGUUGCUGAGUUGGGCUUGGAGAAUUUUCCCUUCUUAAUGAAAGAAGUAUCUCAUUUACCCUGGGAUGCGAUCCUCAGGGAGGGGCUACGCUCUCUGGACGGCUCGGUUUUGAUGCGCUUAAAUGAGGAGUGGAGGUUGCAGCAUAUUGCAGAGGUGAAGGCUAUGGCAAAGCGAGCUCAGUUGAUGCAGGAGCACAGCAAGUUGAUUUUAGAUGCCCUUGACUCCUCACUUCCUGAUUGAACGAAUUCCGGCAGUAGUCUGUAAAUUCCCAAAUAAUGCCUCCAUCUUUGUGCUUUUAGAGCAGUUCUCUCUCUUCCCUUAAAGUUUAGGUUUAGGUUUGAAUUCUACUGACAUGUUCAUUAGGUUCUUGUAGCUUUCCUGUAUGUUUUUCCUGUAAUGUUUUCAUCAAGGAGCUUAUCUUUCUUGUUGUAUGAACAAGGUUUAAAAUUUUAGUAAUGAUCGACAACUUGCCAUUUUUCCUCA